AUGGCCGAAUCGGAGAGCGAAAUUAUAAGAACCGACGUCGAUGACAAUGAUGACGAUGACCUCGAUGACAUCACCUUGGCGAGCAGACACUCUGUGCUGCACAUGGACUUCCGAAUGAUGUGGAUUCAGAACAGAGUGGUGAAAUUUCUCGGGCUAUCCGGUCACGAGCUCCUCUUCUACAAACUGCUGAACGCGAACGAUCGACACUUCGAGGACAAGCUACUGAACUUUUUGAUACUCGAUCUGUACGGUGUGACUGAUCUAGAGAGAAAGGUGGUGUUUUUCUACUGCACCUACUACACCGAAAUCAGCCACGAAGAGGUCCCCGUCUGGGAAAGCAAGCAUAACGUCGGUAAAUUGGCCGCGCUAACGGCACUGGCGAUGAAAGGGAAGAGUCGUAAGUUGAUGAGAAACAUGGUAGCGAAGGAGAAGAAGAAGAAGAAGGGUAAGAAAACGAAGGCAAAGAUCGCAGAUCCUCUUGCUCUCCUUCGUCAGAUCGAGGAAUCCGUGAUGACGCUUCGAUCGGAGCAAAAAUCGAUGAGUGGCGCGAGUGAAGACGAAACGGAGGAUGGCGACGACGAGGAAGAAGAGAAAGAAGAGAAAGAAGAGGACGAAGAGGGCGAAGAACGAAAAGAAAAGAGUACCACCUUCGUGCCCCCGCGAGGAGAAGAACAUAAGUAUAUCAUGACCAAGAAAUUGGUGGAGAAAGUACGAAAAAUACCGAUCCUUCACAUGAUAUGCGGAGAAGUAGACGGUAGCAGGACGGAUUUACAGGAUGUCACUCUAUUCUACUUCCUGAGGACCUCCGAUGAGGGUGUACCAAACUUCGAUUCGUACACAGAGUGUCACGAUCAGAUUACGAAAUACCUAGUGGUUGGAUCCUUGCAGGGCAAGUUCCUAGUUUCGUUAAACAGGAUAUUGGUUCAGGUUUUCAAGCCACUGGUCGAGACUCAGUUCAGAGGACCACAGUUUGUAGAGCCACAGAGAGAGGAUGACGACGAACUGGAGGAUGAGCCGUCGCGUCUAGUCGACAUAAUGGCGGCUCGAAGUUCGAUCUUCAGGAAACCGUCGGAAUUCCGCAGGAUAUCUAUAGUAUUGGCGAGGAAGUUGGCUAAGAGGAGUCUCGACUCGGAAGCUGAGGGGAACGAAAUGGCGGAACCGGGGUCGUUGAUGACGCGGGAAGGAAGCGAUAUUAGCAGGACGAGGCUGAAACGGAAGGAACGCAAGUCUCCUUCCGUGAAUUUCGAUGAAAGGAGCAGUAAAGAACCAGUUCCAGACUCCGAUAUACAAGUGUCGAUCAAUCAGAGUAGGAACGAUAUCCUGUCUUAUUUGGAGAAACUGAUACGCAGUGUGGAAUGGACACUGGAGCACAUCGAAGGCGACAUUUUGUUAAGAAUGCCAAAUAUACCUGAAUUCGAUGAUCCAGCAGUCACCGACGAGAUGCUGGAGAAGAACAAGGAAGUGAUCGAGCAACUGGAAGACCUGAUUAUGUCAUGGGGAGUGCAUAUAGAAAAGGUCCUGGAAUCGUACCAAACGAAAGUGCCCCUUGGCAAAGGCCCGCUAGCAGAAUGCGACUAUUGGAAAGAUCGAGAGACGGGCUUGUUAAUGUUGGUGGAACAAUUGAAAGCUCCUAUUGCUAAACGAAUACUGACUUUAUUGAACAACGUACUUUCUCCUUUCUCCUCCAACUUCGAUUACUUCUACUCAGACCUGUGGAAAUAUUAUACCGAGGCUAGGGAUAAUAAUCGGUUCUUGCAAACCCUUCUCAGGCACUUCAAGUCGAUAACGGAGUCGGAUUGCUUCAAAACGAUCAGUCAAGCCAUUACUCCGCUGAUGGAGGGAAUCAGGAUGAUCUGGAUCCUCUCGAGCUAUUACUCCAGCGAGGAAAAAAUGGUGGGUCUGAUGGAAAGGAUUUCGUGGCAGCUCUGUCAAACUGUUAUCAAACAUUUGUCCAUCAACGAUCUCUUCAAGAAGCCUUUGCAAGAAAUUUUAACACAGACGGAAGAGGCUCACAGGAUGCUGAAGAGCUGGAAAGAGUCCUAUUUGAAGAACCGCGAAGACAUCGAGAUCUCUGGCAAAGGAUCGCGUUGGGAAUUCGAUCAGAAGCGAUUAUUUCAAGGAACCGAGUACAUUGCCUCUGUCUGCGAUGGUUUGAAUCAAGUUGCCAACGUUCUUCAAGACUUCCACAACAUUUUCGGGCCCGAUCUGAAAUCCAUCAUCAGCGACCCGGCUCAGAUCGACACCAUAAUAAAAAGGGUCGACAGACUGGUUGUUCUGAUCUUGGAGGCAGAUUUCAACAUCUUCGAGGAAUUUAACAAGGAAAAUUGGGAAGCCACCAUGUCCCUGUUUUACGACGAGGUGUAUUUUUUGGAGAACGAGGCUAAGUUCUUCAUCGACGAGUGCUUUAUGGUACUGAUAAAUGCAGAGAACGCGCUAGAAAUGUUGCUGAAGCUGAAGAACACGAAAACCAGAGCCACGCUACAUGAUCAGCUUAUGAGAAAAUUCGACGUCAUUAUGCAACAGUUUAGCAAGGAAAUCAGUACCGUUGAAGGGAUAUUCAAUAGAGGAAAACGAAAUCCUCCGUUAUUGACGUAUCAUCCCUCAAUGGCCGGCGCCAUAUACUGGGUGAGGCAAUUAUUCCACCGCCUGAGAAGGCCAGUCUUGACCCUGCAGAACGUCCCCGAAUUGAAACACAGCAAGAUAAAGAUCCUAGCCUUCAGUCAGUACUACGAGAUAUCCAAACAGAUGAAAGCGUUCGAGGAAUCAAAGUUCCAAUCUUGGGCAGACAAGGCCCAAUUCAUCGUGAUAAACACCAUGAAGAGGAGCAUCUUGAAGAUGGUACGCUCCGAUCCAGACAAAGGAAAAUUAACUUUCCCGGACACCGAGAAGUUAACCAGCACGAAGAAUCUUCAGACGAUUCACGUGUCGAAGAGAACGAAGAGCAGAGACUUUGCAUCACCUGGAUCAACUCCACAGGGAUCUGUUCAGAAACCUGAACCGGAAACGUCGAAACCGAGCAUAGAAACUGGCAGUUCUGGAGGAACCAAGGGUCAUGUCAGGUCAGACACGCGGGCUGAGAUCAAAGGCUCUCUAGCUUCUCACAGAGAUCAGAAGUCGUGGACCUCGACUUCGGAGAAACAAGGUAUUCACGGAACAAAGAUCACUUGGACGGAAUUCAUGAGUGGCUCGAUCCUGGUCGAGUGUCAGCUUCGGUUCCAAGUGAAUUUCGACUGGACCGUCUUCGAAAUUAUUCACGAGGCUGAGUUGAUGGAGCAAUUAGGGUUCGAAUUGUCCCAUGUAGUGAAGGAUGCAAGUAUACAGAAAAAUCGACUGAGAAACGAUCUCGAGGUAAUGGAAAGAGUGAUCGAUCAGUAUAACGGGAUGAUCGAGAAAAUGGACAAACCUGACAUACAAUUGAUGAGGAAUAUGCUGUUGGAAGUCGAGAAGCAUAUUCAGCCUGGAGUAAUGCGUUUCAAUUGGAACUCCUUGAAUAUUUCUGAUUACGCCCACCAUUGUGACAAAUUAUUAAAAAAUCUGAGCUCAAUGAUGGAUCAGGUGAACCACAUGAAACGUGAUCUCGACAGUAGAAUAAAUAAUCUUCGGAGUUAUUACCUGUUUUCUCUUCCCUUGGAAUUGUACGAAGAGGAAGCACUGAUGCCUUGCAAGACCUAUUUCCAAGAGAUACAGAAUCGAAGAAUCGAAUUAAUCACCGUGAUGUCAACGAUAUACCAAUCAACGGGCCCAGUGCUGAUUAAAUUGGAAAGUCUGGUACUAGCAACGUACACCGGGAGAAGUCCAGCCAUGCAGCUGCUCUACGACAAAUAUGAGAAGAAAAUAUUCUCCGCUUUCAUAACAUGCAUGAUCAAGAACCUUGAGUGCUUCAACAGAACUCUAAUGGAAUUCAAGCCGAUCUUUCAAGUGGAUGCUGUGUUAAUAGCCUCCGAGGUUGUUCUCCGGCCGUCCCCUGGAGAAAUUUACAAUAUCAUCUUGCAGAACGUGAAGAAUUUGUUAGAAGAACUGAAACUAUUCCCCAGGUGGAUGAAUGGGACUUGCUUGGAGUGCAAGCCGCAAAUAAAGAACGGCGAGAGCUACGCGACCUUCACAUUCUUCGAGGACGUCAUGAGCAUUCAGGUAGUGAAUGAUAAUAUACUAAUGGUUCAAAGGUCGGCGCAUAAAAUAGCGUUAGAAGCCUGGCACUAUCUGCACAGGUGGAAGAAGUAUAGCAAUCUCUGGUCGUUCGACAAGAACCUGGCCGCUGAAAAGUACGCAGCGACCGAACCAACCCUUUUCCAGUACGACGAGAAGUUCGCUUUCUACGACAACAUUCUCGAGGAACUGCGUGAUAUGGAGCUCUAUUACGAUCUCUAUUGCGUACGCAUCAACCUGCACGUCCUGCUCUCCGGCAUCAGACAACACGCCAAAGAGUGGAAACAGGUCCUCGGAAAUUUCCUCCUCUUCCAAACCGUCCACGGAAUGCACGAUUUACACCUGAUGAUCGAGGAUUUCCGAAGCGAGGUCGAGCUCGUGAUCACUGGCUUGGACCGUUUUACAUCUGUCAUGCAGGCGAUCUCCGAUAUAAAGAAGACAGCGAUUCAAGUGGAGGUUCGCUACACCACCUAUCAGGAAACCUUCCGAACUUUCCGCAGUCAUGGCAUAUCCUUCCCCGAGGAAGACGAACAAACGGCGUACGCCCUGCAGCGUGACUGGGAGUCCCUGUAUUUGGGGGCUUUGUACAGAGCUUCGACUCUGGAGAGCACCUCUGACAGAUUUUCCGACAUGACCCAAGAGCAGAUAAACGCGUUCGUGUUAGAACUCGAGGCGUUCGCUGCAGACUUCGAGGCCAAUGGCCCUGGCAGCGUUGGCGAGGAUCUUGAACUUGGGCUGCUAAAGAUGGACGAAUACGUGAAGCUGAUCGGGAAACUCGAGGAAAGGCGUCGUGCUCUGCUGAAUUCCGAGAUACUGUUCGAUCUUCCAGCGACCGAUUAUUCCGUUUUCCUGAAAGUCAAGAAGGACUACGAGGGUAUGGAACUGCUGUACCACUUGUACAAGGAACAGAGAGGCAUGAGAGAAAUAUGGGCUCAGACGCUCUGGGUGAACCUGAAUCCUCAGCAGCUGAUCGACGGAAUGGACCACUUUAUCAGGCAAUUCCGCAAACUUCCGAAGUUCGUGAAGGAACUCGGUGUUGGGCAAGCUUUGGACGCGAACAUGAAGAGCUUCAAGAAUUCUGUGCCGCUGUUUAUCGAGCUGAAGAACGAGGCAAUGAGGGAGAGACACUGGAAGCAAUUGAUGGACAAAACUGGACGUUACUUCGAUAUGGACCCAGACAGGUUCACCCUGGAGAACAUGUUCGCCAUGGAGUUAGGAAAAUACCAAGAAAUAGCCAGAGAAAUUGUGAUGAACGCCGUAAAGGAACUCGCCAUAGAAAGAGGCCUAAAAGAGUUGGCUGAAGUCUGGAAAAACUUGGAAUUCACUGUUGUGAAACAUUACAAAGGUACCGACGAUCGUGGAUUCAUUCUGGGACCAACGGACGAGCUGAAUCAGGUUCUAGAGGAUAACAUGAUGAACGUGAGCGGUAUGGCCGCCUCGCAAUUCAUCGGUCCUUUCCUCGACACGGUGCAAAAAUGGGAGGUCACGAUGCACACGAUCUCCGAGGUUCUGGAAUUAUGGAUGCAACUUCAAAAGAAAUGGCUCUACCUCGAGGGCAUUUUCGUAGGUGGCGACAUAAGGCUUCAAUUGCCGGAUGAAGCGAAGAAGUUCGACGAAAUCGACAAGUCCUUCAGGAAGAUCAUGAUCGACACGUCCAAAAGACUGAAUGUUCUCGAGUGUUGCACGAUUAAAGGUCGACAGGAAGAGUUCGAAUCGAUGAUCUACGGACUGGACAAGUGCCAGAAGUCUCUGACAGACUACUUAAACAGCAAACGAGCAGUUUUCCCGCGGUUCACUUUCCUCAGCGACGACGAAUUGCUGAGCAUCCUUGGCAGCGGUUUGCCCUCCGCCAUUCAGGAACACGUUGGAAAGAUGUUCGACAAUUUGGAGAAAUUCCGCUUCGAGUUUAACAACACCCAACGAGUGGUAGCCACGGCGUUGAUCUCCUGCGAGGAGGAGGUGAUGGAUUUCAGAAACGUGGUUCUAGCCGAGGGUAAAAUCGAGGAAUGGAUGGUGCUAGCUUUGGAAGAGAUGAAGAGGUCGAAUCGAUACCUUACGAAAAAGGCUGUCUACAAUUAUGGCAAGGUUAGGAGACCAAGGACAGAGUGGAUGCUAGAUUUCCAAGGAAUGAUGAUCCUGGCAGCUGAUCAAAUAUGGUGGACUGCAGAGGUGGAGAACGUGUUCGUGAAAAUUUCUCAGGGGCAAAUGCGUGCCAUGAAAGAUUAUUUGAAACAACUGAAUAAUCAAUUAAACGAAGUGGUGACACUGAUGGGUGGCGAUACAUUGACGAACAAUGACAGAAAGAAGCUCGACAUGUUAUUAACGAUCGACGUUCACAUGAGAGACAUCGUCGAAGGUUUUGUCAGAGACAGUAUCAUGGAUCCCUCAGAAUUCGAGUGGGAAAGCCAAUUAAGGUUCCUCCUUUUCCAUCCUUAUUAAAUAAAAGAUUGAAAACGUACCGAGAACGUUGUUUCAUACUUAAAUGCAAAUUUCCCGCGAAGGUUCUACUGGGUUCACGACCUGGACAAUGUUUGGAUGUAUCAGUGCACGGGAACGUUCGAAUAUGGGUAUGAGUACAUGGGACUUAAUGGGAGGCUCGUUGUUACGCCUUUGACGGAUAGAAUAUACCUGACUAUUACACAAGCCCUCUCGAUGCACCUGGGCGGUGCCCCAGCAGGUCCCGCUGGAACGGGGAAAACAGAAACCACGAAGGACUUGGCAAAAGCCUUGGGACUCUUGUGCAUCGUCACUAAUUGCGGCGAAGGGAUGGAUUACGUGGCGAUAGGGAAGACACUGAGUGGUCUGGCACAGUGUGGAGUAUGGGGUUGCUUCGACGAAUUUAAUCGUAUCGACAUUUCCGUGCUAUCCGUCAUCUCCACCCAGCUUCAAACUAUACGCUCUGCUCUGAUGGCGAAAGCCAGUCGAUUCUUGUUCGAGGGUCAAGACAUAGUACUCGAUUCGAAAGUGGGCAUAUUCAUUACGAUGAAUCCGGGAUACGCGGGUCGAACGGAACUUCCGGAAUCGGUGAAAGCGCUCUUCAGGCCAGUGGUGUGCAUAGUUCCGGAUAACGAGCUGAUUUGUCAGAUAAAGCUCUUCAGCUCCGGCUUCUUGACCGCCAAGGUUCUGGCCAAAAAGAUGACGGUCCUGUACAAAUUGGCACGCGAACAACUGAGCAAGCAGAACCACUACGACUUCGGUUUGAGAGCACUCAAGUCCGUGCUCAAUAUGGCAGGCCAUCUGAAGAGGACUUCCGGCGACCUGCCUGAGGACGUGGUACUCAUGAGGGCGCUACGAGACAUGAAUCUGCCGAAAUUUAUUUUCGACGACGUCCCAUUGUUCUUGGGUCUCAUCGCCGACUUGUUCCCGGACCUAGACUGUCCGAGGGUUCAUUAUCCUGAUUUCAACGAAGCUGUCAAUCAAGUAUUGGAGGACCAACGGUAUAUCGCGUUGCCUGAACAGAUCGACAAAGUGAUCCAAUUGUACGAAGUGAUGAUGACCAGACAUUCGACCAUGGUGGUUGGCCCGACAGGGGGUGGGAAGACCGUCGUGAUCGACACCCUCUGCAAAGCUCAAACUCGCCUCAACAUGCCUACCAAACUCUUCACGUUGAACCCAAAGGCAUGCACGGUGAAUGAACUUUAUGGCGUACUGGACCCAAUGACUCGCGAUUGGACAGACGGUCUCCUCAGUAAUAUCUUUCGAGAAGUGAACAGACCACUGGACUCGAACAAGAACGAGAAAAGGUACAUCCUGUUCGACGGUGAUGUGGAUCCACAAUGGAUCGAGAAUAUGAAUUCCGUGAUGGACGACAACAAGCUACUGACCCUAGCUAACCAAGAAAGGAUCAAGAUGCAGAAUCAUUGCAGUCUAUUGUUCGAGGUAGGCGACCUGCGGUACGCCUCGCCCGCCACGGUGUCUAGAGCUGGCAUGGUGUACGUGGAUCCAAAGAACCUGGGCUACCAGCCAUACAUGGACAAGUGGAUACGGGGCAAGAGCGAAUCGGACCAGGAGACAUUGAGCGGAAUGUGCGAGAAAUACGUGCACGGCGCGAUCAUGCUCAUUAUAGAAGGAAUGCUUGGGCUGCAGCAAGUCAAACCGCUUAAGAUGAUCAUACCGCAAACCGGCCUGAACAUGGUAGUGCAACUUUGUUACGUGUUCGAUGGUCUCCUCACGGUCCUGGACGCUGAAGCAAACUCUGUUACCAAAACCGAGGAAGACGAAGAAGCAAAAGCAGAGCCAUUAUUCUCCAGAGAGGAAAUUCUCGAAGCGAUGUACAUUCAAGCUUGCUACUGGUCCUUGGGAGCCUCUCUGGUCAUCGAGAACAGACCUAAUUUCGACGAUUACAUCAAAAGAACUUCCGGAUUUAUGCUUGUCCAGGACACUGCCGAAAAGCCAGCUACUGUGCGGUACAUUCCCGUGACGGAGAAAUUGUUGUACGACUAUUUCCUGGACUUACGGAAGAACAUCUGGGUCCCAUGGAUGUCCCUGGUCCCUGAUUACAUCCACGACAGACAGAAAAAUUUUUCCGACAUUUUGGUCCCCACCAUAGACACUCUGAGAACCACGUGGUUCAUCGAAAUGAUGAACGAACGGAACAGACCGGCUCUUCUAGUCGGCGAAACUGGUACUUCGAAGACCGCAGUCAUUCACGAGUUUCUUCGAAACUUGAGCUCCGAGAGAUACAAUCAACUUCUGAUCAAUUUCUCGUCAAGAACCACUUCGAUGGACGUACAGAGGAACAUAGAGGCUGUCGUGGAGAAGAGAACGAGGGAAAUUUAUGGGCCACCACCUGGUAAAAAGCUGUUACUCUUCAUCGACGACAUGAAUAUGCCAAUAGUGGACACCUAUGGCACCCAGCAGCCUAUCGCUCUUCUCAAGUUCUUAUUCGAGAAGGGUGGGUUUUACGAUCGUGGAAAGGAUCUCUCAUUGAUGUACAUGCACGACAUGUGUUAUCUGGCAGCAAUGGGAAAGCCUGGUGGUGGAAGGAACGAAGUGGAUCCAAGGUUCACCUCCAUGUUUUCCGUCUACAACGUCGUAUUUCCGGCAGACGAGACUCUAAAUUAUAUCUACACGAGCAUACUUAGUGGACACCUGCAGAUAUUUUCAGAGGAAGUGCAAGCUAUCGCGACAACCUUGAUAGACAUUACUUUGAAUCUCUACAAGAAAGUUACUGCAGAAUUGUUACCAACGCCGAAUAGGUUCCAUUACAUUUUCAACAUGCGAGAUUUGUCGAGAAUUACUGCCGGACUCCUUCAGAGCCACCCUGACUAUCUGCCGAAAGUGAAACAGAUAGUCAGACUUUGGAGAAACGAAUUUACCAGGAUCAUAUGCGAUCGAUUGAUAAACGAGGAAGAUACGAAAAUCGUAGCUGGACAUAUACAGGAAAUAGUCCAAGAACAGUGGGAAGAGGACCCUGGGGUGAUAGAAUAUACAAUGAGGGACCCCCUGCUGUUUGGUGAUUUUAGAAAUGCGAUUAACGAGGAGGAACCACGAUUCUACGAGGAUUUAUUGGAUUACGAGGCUGUCUACAGCUUGUUCUUAGAGAUCUACGAGGAUUACAACGAAAGGAACGUGACCAAAUUGCAAAUGGUCCUCUUCAAUGACGCACUCGAACACCUGACUAGAGUGCAUCGUGCACUGAGAAUGCACAGAGGACACGUUUUGGUCAUCGGAAUCGGAGGAAGUGGCAAGAGAUCGGUGAUCAAAUUAGCAGCCUACGCAGCGACUUAUCGAAUGUUUGAGAUUGGUCUGACCAGAGGCUACAACGAAGCCUCUUUUCACGAAGACAUGAAGACCCUGUACAAAAUGGUUGGCGUGGAUAAUAAGAGGAUCGUGUUCCUAUUCACGUCUUCUCACGUCAUCGAUGAAAGUUUCUUGGAACUGGUGAACAACAUGCUGAUGACUGGCAUGGUACCGUCUCUCUUCUCCGACGAAGAGAAGGACGAAAUAGUGAACUCUUGCAGGAAUCAGUCUGUGGAGGCUGGAUAUGGCAUCACCAGGGAGAACGUAUGGUCGUAUUUCGCGAAAACUAGCCUUCAGAAUUUAAGAAUCGCGCUGUCGAUGAGUCCAUCAGGGGAUGUAUUAAGAACAAGGUGUCGAAGUUACCCUGGUCUAGUGAACAGUACUACCAUAGACUGGAUGUUCCCUUGGCCUGAACAGGCACUAGUUUCUGUGGCUAGCGUCACACUUAGAGACAACCCAAACGUGUCGCAAAAUUACAUAGAACCCCUAGUAGAGCACAUGGUCUUCACUCAUAAAAACGUCUACGACUACACAAUCGAGUUUCAGACGAAACUACGAAGGAAAAAUUACGUGACACCUAAGCACUACCUAGACUUUAUAGACAAGUACCUGAGUCUCUUGGUGGAGACCAGGGAUUACAUAAAUUCCCAGUGCGAUAGGCUUUCUGGAGGCCUGCAAAAGAUCGCUGAAGCCUCUGUGACUCUGAACGAAUUAAACGAGAUUCUAGCCGUGCAAAGAGUAAAAGUGGCUGAUCAGACGAGAAACUGCGAGCAGUUAUUAGCCUCCAUAGGAGAAAGUACGGAUAUCGCGAUGGAAAAGAAACAGCUGAGCGAGCAGAAGAGACAAGAGAUAGAGGAGCAGAGAAAGAUCAUCGACAAGGAGGAAACGGAAGCGAAACAAGCGUUGGCUGAGGCACAGCCAGCCUUGGAUGCGGCCAGAGCAGCCCUUGGGGAACUCGAUAAAGCCGAUAUCACCGAAAUAAGAUCCUUUGCAACCCCUCCCGAGCCCGUGCAAAUCGUCUCGGAGUGCGUGGCUAUGCUAAGAGGUGUCAAAGAUAUUUCCUGGAAAGGUGCAAAAGGGAUGAUGAGCGAUCCAGCGUUCCUGAGAACCUUGCAAGAGAUGAAUUGCGACAAGAUCACGCUGAAGCAGCAACAAGCAGUCCGGGCUCACUUGAAGAAGACUACCAAGCUGGAUCAAAUGCAGUUCAUCAGCAAGGCUGGAUUCGGAUUAUACAAAUUCGUGCUCGCAGUGCUGGAUUACUGCGCCGUCUUCAGAGAGGUCAAGCCAAAGAUAGACCGGGUGAAGGAGCUGGAAGCCGAAUCGGAACGGGCUCGAAAGGCCCUGGAAAGGGAGGAAAGCGAAUUGAGAAGGCUCGAGAAAGCCAUUGCAGACCUGAACUCGAAAUACGAGAACGCUAUGGAAGAGAGACAGGAGCUGCAAGAAGAGACAGACUUACUUCAGAGGCGCCUGAUAGCUGCUGAUAAGCUCAUUAACGGAUUGUCCUCUGAGAACGAGCGAUGGAAGAAGGAGCUGGAAAAUCUGCAUGGACAAAUAGAGAAGAUUAUCGGGAAUUGCCUGCUCUCUGCUGGAUUCCUUGCAUACUGUGGGCCGUUUACUUACGAAUAUAGAAAUCAGAUGUUAUAUGAGGAUUGGUGGAACAGCAUAGCGAAGAAAGGCAUUCCUUUCACGGAUACGUUCAGGAUUGAGACGGAGCUGAGCAACGACGUUGAGAUUAGCACAUGGACAUCCGAAGGUUUGCCACCGGAUGAACUGUCCGUGCAAAAUGGAAUUCUGACCACGAGAGCUUCCAGGUUCCCCAUUUGCAUCGAUCCUCAGCAGCAAGCUCUGAAUUGGAUCAAGAAAAGGGAACAGAAGAAGAAUCUGAAAAUCCUAUUCUUCUCCGAUUUAGACUUCUUGAAGCAAGUGGAACUCGCGAUAAAGUACGGUCUACCAGUUCUGUUUCAGGACGUCGACGAAGUUGAUCCCGUUCUGGAUAACGUUCUAUCGAAGAACGUACAAACUGUGGGAGGUAGAAUGUUCGUUCUCCUCGGUGAUAAGGAAGUGGACUAUGAUCCGAAAUUCCGGAUGUACCUCACCACGAAGAUGUCCAAUCCCAUUUUCGACCCUGCUGUAUAUGCAAAAGCCACUGUGAUUAAUUAUAUGGUGACCAUAGGGGGAUUGGAGGACCAAUUGUUAUCGGUGGUGGUCCGAACAGAGAGGCCAGACAUCGAGGAGCAACGCGAAAACCUGAUCGCGGAGACCAGCGAGAACAAGAACCUUCUGCAAGAAUUAGAAAACAGUUUACUCCGCGAAAUCGCGACGAAUAAGGGCAACAUGCUGGACAACAUCGAGCUGAUCGAAACUCUGGAGAGCACAAAGUCCAGUGCCGAGCAAGUGAUGAGGAAGCUAUACCUCGCGGAAGUCACUGCUGCUGAUGUGAACAAGCUUCGAGAUGGCUACCGAUCAGUGGCAAAGAGAGGAGCGAUAUUGUUCUUCGUUUUGGCAGACAUGUCCAUGGUCAACUCGAUGUACCAAUACUCGCUGACCAGCUACGUGGAGGUGUUCAUUUACUCGCUGAGGAAGGCACUUCCGGACCCAACGCUGCAACGUCGGCUGCAGAAUAUUAUACCGGUGCUGACGAAAAACGUGUACGAUUAUGGUUGCACGGGAAUCUUCGAGAGACAUAAAUUAUUGUUUUCCUUCGAAAUUUGUACGAAAUUGGAGGAGAGUUUGGGGAACGUGAGCCAACAACAGUUGGAUUUCUUCAUUAAAGGAUGCAUCGCUUUAGAGAAAUCGCCUAAAAUUAAUCCUACCGAAUGGUUACCCGCGACUGGAUGGGCGGAUUUGUUGAAGCUGAGCAACGAUUUUCCGGAAAAGUUUGGAAAUAUCACGGAAGAACUGAAUACACACAUGGACAAGUGGCAAGAGUGGUACGACAUGGACGUUCCAGAAUCAGCGGAGCUUCCCUUGGACUACUCUAAUAAAUUGAAUCCCUUCGAACAACUCAUGCUAAUCCGAUGCUUCCGUGUCGAUCGAGUUUAUCGAAGUAUCAUCAAUUACAUCAGCGAAACCAUGGGAGAAGAAUACAUCACCCCUCCCCACAUUAGUCUCGAGCUAAUUUUCGAACAGAGCACGCCAACGAUGCCUGUCGUUUUCAUCUUAAGUCCUGGAUCCGAUCCAUCCUCGGAGCUAAUGAAGUUAGCAGACAGAUACGGCUGUGGAGGCGGGAAAUUUAAAUAUUUAUCACUUGGACAGGGCCAGGAAAAGACUGCUAUAGAGUUGUUAGAGGUGGCAGUGUCCAGAGGACAAUGGUUGAUGUUCCAAAAUUGCCAUUUACUGCUGAGUUUCAGCAGAGAAUUGGAGAAAUUAUUGGAGAACGUUGGGAUACCUCAUCCAGACUUCCGAUUGUGGCUCACAACUGACCCGACUCCCAAUUUCCCCAUUGGAAUAUUGCAGCAGGCACUGAAAGUGGUCACGGAACCACCCAGUGGUCUGAAGCUAAAUCUCGAAAAUACUUAUUUAAAAAUGAGACCGCAAGUGCUCGAAAGUUGCGCACACACCGCCUACAAACACCUAGUCUACGUAUUGGCCUUCUACCACGCGGUUGUCCAAGAAAGAAGGAGAUACGACAAGAUUGGCUGGAACAUAAACUAUGACUUCAACGAGUCGGACUUUAACGUGUGCACCACUAUCCUGGACACUUAUCUGACCAAAGCACUUCUGGCAAAUGAUACCAGAAUUCCUUGGAACAGCUUGAAGUACCUCAUAGGAGAAGUAAUGUAUGGUGGACGAGUGAUUGACAGCUACGAUCGUCGAGUAUCUGAAACCUACAUGGACGAGUACUUCGGAGACUUCCUUUUCGACAGCUUCCAACCUUUCCACUUCUACCGUGAUGAACACGUCGAUUACGUGGUACCACCGGAAGGGGAGCGUGACGAUUAUCUGGAGUUCAUCAGGGAACUGCCACUGGUGAACAGUCCAGAGGUCUUUGGAUUGCAUCCAAAUGCCGAAAUUGGCUACUUCACUCAGGCAGCGAAAGAAAUGUGGAGCAAUCUCAUAGAACUGCAGCCACAGACUGAAGUCAGCCGGACUGGAAUAAGCAAAGACGAAUUUAUCGACAACAUCGCGAAGGAUAUUCUGAAUAAAGUCCCUGCCGAGUACGAUCUUCAUAAAGUGAGGAAAAAUUUUGGGCCCCUCAUAACUCCAAUCACGAUUGUUCUUUUUCAAGAAUUGGAGAGGUUUAAUAAAUUAAUUUACACGAUGAAGAGGACUUUGACGCAGUUGAGGAAGGCUAUUGCUGGAGAGAUUGGAAUGGACACGACUCUUGAAAAUAUAUCCGCGGCAUUGUACAAUGGUGUUUUGCCGCAAGAAUGGGCCAGACUAGCACCAGACACCAGGAAAACCCUAGCUGGUUGGAUAGACCAUUUCGAGAAGAGGAUACAACAGUACACUAACUGGUCUUCUGCAAGCGAGCCUAUAGUUCUCUGGCUAGCCGGCCUGCACAUCCCAGAGACUUAUCUAGCAGCUUUGGUGCAAAUGGCUUGUCGUAGAAACAGUUGGUCUUUGGAUCGUUCUCUGACAUACACAGCAGUGUCGAGGUACACCAAACCUGAGCUUAUAGAGGAGAGACCCGAUGAGGGCUGCUACGUAAGUGGAUUAUACUUGGAAGGAGCCAGAUGGGAUCUGGAGGAACAGUGUCUGAUAAGAUCGCACCCAAAGAUCCUAAUAGAAGAAUUACCAAUACUCGUCAUUAUCCCUGUUGAGGCUCACAGGCUCAGACUUCAGAACACGUUUAAAACUCCGGUUUAUACAACGUCCAAUCGGAGGGACGCUAUGGGAGUUGGUUUAGUUUUCGAGGCGAACCUCGCCACCACGGAACACAUUUCUCAUUGGGUGUUACAAGGAGUCUGUCUAGUACUAAAUACGGAUUAA